AUUUUCUGAUCACUACUUUGUUUUUAUUAUUAACUUUGUCACUAUUUCACACGAUUGGUGAAAUCCUUUGAUUCCUGUUAUGUAUUUGAGUGUACUCCUUUGUGUUACCAUCCCUCAAAUGCAGCUCAACAAGGAAACACUGUGGAUUAAAACAGUCUACUAAACAGAUGUAACUUGAUACUCGCUUGAUUUUUUUUUUCUCAAUAUGAAAACUGUGGAUUCCCUCCUAAUACCGACUGGGCUUUGGACAUCUUAACUGCAGGUCAAGUCGACGCAAGCUGAUGAAGAUGUUGGGCAGAGUCACCUGGUGCUGUGCAGCUCUGCUCCUUGCCCUGACCUCUGUGUCGGCUGUACAGAAGACACUCAAAUCAAUCAGUGAUUUGAAGAAAAUCGACUUUCGCCAAUCUGUGCCCAUGCACAGUCUUCUGCUGCUCCACUGGUUUGCCAACAAGAUCAACAUCGACAACAACGGUAUUAUACAGCUGACCUUUGACCCAGAGAGUGGAGAUUAUGGUUCACAUCAUUAUGGCAACUUUGAGGGGCUGCUGGACCCACUGCCUCUGGGAAAUCAAUACCAGUACUACACUAUUGGAAAUCUCAAUGAGGACACCUCAUACGAACUUCCUCCUUAUGUUUUAGAUCCCCUAGUUGAGGAUGUGGAAAGCAACAUGGACCGGAUCAUAUUUCGGGUCAGGAAUCAAAACAUAGGGCGAGUGUACCAGUCAAUAGACAGAGUGUAUAUCACACAGCAUUACGACAGUAAUGAAAAUCAGGGGACCGCUUAUGAUCCAGAUCAUACCUACAGGAUCAAUAUUAACCUCCUGAGACAGAUCAGAGAGUUUGAUGUUGGAGAAAAUGCACGGCCACUGUCAUAUCUCAGAAACCGCUUUGGAAGCAACGCUGAUGAUUUCGACAUAGAAAACACAUGGGGUGAACUUGCUUGCCUUGGUCUGCUGUUGUACAUUGUGAUCCAGGAAAAGCACACCUCUAAACAACAACCUAACCGCCCUAAAAGCAAAAGAAAUCCUAGUAAUGAGAGAAAGCACAAUUUUCCUAGAAAUGUCCAAAACAAGGUUUCAAGGUUUCAAGGUUUUAAGGGAGAUUGUGUCGUGAAUAUCCCAAGUUAUGAGGACCCUGUAGCCAGCAGACAGACAGUAAACAGAGAAUCAGACUGUUGCAACACCUCAAAAUCCUGUUUGAUUUGCUGUUUGAUUUGUGUUGCCUGCAUAAUUGUAUUGGGUAUAAUAAUAUUUUUUUUUACAAGAUAAGAAGAGAUAAAACUACAUUUUUUUUUGUUGAAGUGUAUAGCCCCAUGUAUUCAUACAGUUUGUAAAUAAAAGCAGGGUUUUUUCUUUAUAAUUGAAACUGAGCACAUUGGCAUUUAUUGGAUAUUAUUACACACUGCUUCGGUGCGGUCAUGAAGCUCUAGGGUUCAGCAUUAAUAAUCCAAUAGCAAAGAUUAACUGAUGAUUGUACAAUGUCUGAUACAGAUGAAUAAAAUACAAUUUCACUGAAAAAUGA